AAUGGAAUAUUAAUUCCACAAAAACAAUGUGGAAGACAGCAUUACCCAGAUUUUUUUCGGUAAUGCGAAGGCAUUAUCCAGAUGAAGUGCCACUGGAGCUACUUAGGCAAAAAGCGCUGCUUGUUGAAAACUUUUCGCCGAAGCUUUUGGACACACAGAGUCAUGUAAUCGACAUUUUUGCAAAAUGUGGAAUGCAUAUAUCGCAAGAUGACGUCCAUAUUAUGAGGAAUCGUUUUGGAAUUCCCUGCGGGCGUGUGUUAAUCCUUGUUGAAAGCUUAAUGACGCCUAAUUUUCAUUUUGGAGAAACAGAUAGUUCCAAGAACACUGAUAGCAACGCAUCUGGUGAUGUUACAGAUCAAAAUGUAUCGCAUGAAAAUGAGACAACAAAGGCUACAUUUUUCACCAAAUCUAUACAAAAAACAUUGUUGGACCAAUUACCACCAGAAGCAAGAACAUACAUAUGUGAUGAACAUGAUGUUAAAUGCUACGUCGAACAAUGUGAAAGAUAUUUAACACUGUCGGAGGAUUUACGAAAACUUGCUGAGCCAACAAACCUUCAUCGCAUAGUAACCGUAACCGGAAUGAAUAAGAGCUACGGUCGUUUAGAAUUGGCGGAAGUCAUAAAAAAACAUACAUCGGUAUCAGUGAAACCUACUAAUAUUGUAUUCCGCUUUAAAAGUAAUGGAGAGCAGGACUCAACAGCAUGGGUACUGUGCGACACAAUACGUGACGCCAACAGGAUAAUCGCAGAAUUGCAGGAAGUAGCAAUACCCAAAAGAUAUCAGUACGGUUCUUUGAUGGGUGCUUCGUUCUUAUACAGCGCACGAUCUUCGCUAUUUCUAUCUCACCCCGAACUAGAUUUCAUAACUUCUAAAUCAAAGUAUCAGGUAUUCACUAUAGGCUGGCAAUCGGAUAUUGAUGAAGCUGAAUUGAGCCAUUUGGCAAAUAGUCUCAAGUUCUUUCCCAAAUCAGUUAAGGUUAUAAAACUACCAUCAACAGAUGGAUCAAAACACGAAAUAGGUGCGUUCUUUGAAUGCGACCGAAUGCGGAAUACUAAGAAGCUGAUGAUGAGAUUGCAUAUGCUAAAACGACGAUGGAAGAUCCCAGACCAUAAUGUGUUCUACGCAUAUCCCAAAACUGCCGAUAUCAGAUGGGAAUCUGAUAACGGUGUGUACAAAGAAAAUGAACACGACGAUUUCUCGGAUAUCGAUGAACCGGUUCAUUAUUAACACAUUAAAAAUACUAUUA